AGGCUACUGGCUAAGUUGAUUAAAUUUCUUUUAGAAGGAAUUUUGUCGCGAAUUAAAUUUUGUCACGUCGUUCGCUCAUGCUGGAGCUGUAUGUCAGUUUUGUAUAAGAGAACAUGUGCUAAUCAGCAUAGUUCCCCUAAAUAAUUAUAACGACAAAUUACAUUGCUCUGUGGGCGGAUCUUUUCGACUACUUCCCUGUGCUGUUGCUUUCGAUGGUAGCGAGCUGUAGGGUGCGCAACGGUUUCACUUCGACCUGAGCAGACAUUAGUGCUGCCUGACCGACUGACAGCGAGCCGCAUCACUGAGGAUCUGCUUCAGUCACUGAGAUCAAGCCAUGAGUGUCGGUUCAUCACGGGGCAGCGGGGAAGACAUCGACGAGCUCGAGUCAGUUAGCUGGUAUCAUUAUGAUUUGUCCCGGCAUGCAGCUGAAGCUCUUCUCCUUUCGAAUGGGGUAGAUGGGAAUUUUUUACUCAGAAACAGCAACAAAGGACCUGACUGCUUUGCUUUGUCUGUCCGAGCAAAGGAUUCAGUGAAACACUUUCAUGUCCAGCGGCAGUUCGGCAAAUAUUCCUUUGGAUUCAAUGAAUUUCCUUCCCUUCAGGAUUUUUGCAAUCACAUUGCCAAUCAGCCCUUGCUAGGAAGCGAGACAGGAAACCUGUUAGUGCUGCGGUUCCCAUACCCCCGGCAGGUGGAAGAGCCAUCCAUCUAUGAGACAGUGUGUGUGCAUACGGCCAUGCAGACAGGCCGGCAUGAAAACGACCUAGUGCCUAAUGCUCCAGCACUUGGCACUAAAGAAGGUUAUCUUGUUAAACAAGGAGCGGUAAUCAAGAACUGGAAGCAAAGAUGGUUCACACUGAAUCGAUAUGAAUUUAAAUAUUUCAAGGAUAAAAUGAUGGUAGAGCCAAUACGAACCUUGGAUCUGACGGAGUGCUCUGCUGUCCAGUUUGAUUACAGUCAGGAGAGGGUCAACUGCUUUUGUCUGGUGUUCCCUGAGAGGACGUUUUAUUUGUGUGCAAAAUCUGGUGCUGAGGCAGAUGAAUGGAUUAAGAUACUACGAUGGAAACUGUCACAGAUAAAGAAAGGACGAUGAUGUUCAACAAGGAGAGAAGUACUGUAGCAAAUGCAAGCUGUGCACAGUUUUAUAUUAGUGAAGACAGUGGAUUUAUUAACUGCAUCUGAUGCACAUCACACGUAAGAAAUCUUCUGGGCAAUGAAUCACCCAAGGCACCAUGCUAUUGUGCUUUAUAAAGACUUCUCGUGGCGGUGCACUACUAAUGUUGGAAUUACAAUCGACAAUAGUUAGGUUUUUUUAUUUUAGAUAUUGUGUUCUGUGUUGUUUCCGUUCUUCUUAUUCUUCUCCAACACAAGCUAAACGAUGUGUCUGUUCUUAAACAUGUACAUUCCCCCUUACAUUACAACUAUGAGGUAAACAUAAUUAACUUUAUCGUUGAAACCUUUGGAUGAAAUAUACUUUUCCCAAAAUAGAGCACUGCUGUGAUUACAUAUUUCUGUAAGCCAACCCAGAAGUUAGAAUCCCCCUAGUUCCUUCAACAAAAUUUUAUUAAUUUCUUUUGGCCUUUGGCUUUUGAAUUAUUGCAAAGAUUAAGCUCUGUGAUCAGCGGAAGUUAAUGAUUAGUGCAUGUUUUGUUCGUCAUGAUAAGCUUCAUAAAUAAACACAUCUUAUGAAUUAGAACGCUUAAAUACAAUCACCAGAACUAAAAAAAAAAAAGUAGGCUAUAAACAAACAUCACCACUACUAAGCUCCUGACACCUCAUUCGGUCUUUAGUUGAAAAAUAUUUUUCUUAAAAAAAAAGGUUUUCAGGAGUGGGAUUAUAUACAACACGACGAGGCUGUGAAAGCAGUCUAGAUGAGUCUACCUGUUUGGCUUAAUGACGUUUUGAUUUCCCCAACAACCUCUGUAGACCCAUUUAGCCGUCUGCUGUAGAACAAAACACAAAUAAAUACUGAGCUUGUGUUAACCACAAACCUUAUUUCGGGCAUUUUACCAAAAACCCAUUGACUUCAGGAUGAUGGAACUGAAAGUGCGAAAAUGCUAACCUGUUCUGGGUUUUAGGCUAUGAAAAUACUUAAUCCCUGCAGCACUCUACAGAUCACCAAUGUAAUUAUAAUAAAGUUAUAAAUUCUCUAAGUAGCAGUUCUACUUCAAUUGUGAUGUGUAAA